AUGCCCUCCCCAUGCUAUGCUCCCGCACAACGCUUGCACACUCUUUCUGCGUCUAUGCCAAGUUUGUGGGUGGGAGUGAGCAACAUGGGGCAUGUGACACCAAAAGACUUUGUGUACCUUGUUGUCUCCCAUCCCACCACAAACCGUGAUUGCUGGGCGUACGCAGUGGUGGCAGCGGUGGAGGCAGCCCACAGGAUUGCAAGCAACUGGGCGCACCCCCCCGUGCUGUCGGUGGAGCAUCUGCGCCUCGCCCUCUCCUCCAACUGCGACGGUGGCUCGCCCACCAAGGCGCUGCAGUUCCUCCUCAACGCCACCGCGCACGGCAAGGGCUUGCUGGAGGAGGCUGCGUACUCUCAAGGGCUGGCUCUUGAAGGAAGAUCGUUGGCGAGCACCCCCACGUACUAUGGAAUUCGCGGCAUCGAGCGCACGGGGUUCUACAGGUGGCUUGGGCUCAUGCUGGCAGUGCAGCGCCAGCCUGUCAUUGUGCACAUCGAGGCGUCCGCACCCUCCUUCCAAGACUACGAUGGGAGAGGCAAGUAUGCGGACGAGGAGUGUUUCAGCAACCACCUGAAUCACGUGGUGCUGGUGGUGGGCUACCUCUCUGCGGGCCCCUUUAACUCUGCCGUGCCGCCGCCCUUCUGGAUCAUCCGCAACUCAUGGGGCACAGGCUGGGGCGACCAGGGCCACAUGCGGAUGGACAUUCGCAGUGGAGAUGGCAUUUGUGGCAUCAACACUCUCCCAGGCCUCUUCCCGGUCGUCAGAAGCAGUGCUGAUCCGUGUGGAUCACGCUCCUUCCAGUACGGCGUUCUAGGCCCGGCCUUCAACCCGUGUGGGCGGUUCAACUGCAGCAAGAAGGGCACCAGCAAUCGCUGCAAGUGCACUGACGCUCGCUUUGCUCAAGUCAAGAACACCGAUGGGUCGUACAUCUGUGCCUAUGUGGACGUGUGUGGGUCCAGCACUCGCAACCCGUGUGUGGUGGGCACGUGUGUGAACGAUGGCAAGGGCAGCUACUCCUGUGUGUGUCCCCCAGGGUUCAUCCAGGGCACCACCCUCGCCAACACCGCCUCCUGUGCUCCGGGAGAUGCAGGGGGGGUGUACACCGUGCGGCAGAGCAACGUGUGGUGCUCCGAUGUGCAUCCCAUAUUCGCCCUCACACUGGACCAGUUCCUGCAGCAGAACAAGGGCAUCGCCUGCUCUGCUCCUCUGCACCUCAACUCAAGGCUGCGCGUCAACUCCACAGAGCAACCCUGCUCUGUCUUCUACAACACCUUGCUCAACGACACGUGUGCGGGGGUGGGGCGGCAGGUUGAACUGUGUUGGCCGGCGGCGUCCGAUGCGGCGUGUGAGGCGGCAUUUCACGCGCUCAACCCCGCUGUCAACUGCUCCUCCCUGAGGCCCUCCCAGGCCGUGUGCAUCGAGAGGGACCCCGCCAAGGCAAAUUUGACGGUGGUGUGCGACCAGUACUACCGGGCGCGCCUCAACGACACAUGCGACAGCAUCAGGCAGCUGGCCGAGCCUCCUCUCAGCCCCGUGGACUUCUACCGCCUCAACCCCGGCGUCAACUGCAACCAGCUCAUCCCCCUCAAGGAAUACUCGGGCUCCAUCAUCUCAAGAAAUUCUUUUGGUGCGGAGGUCUGCAUUGGCAGCGCGACCAACUUCACAGCAGGCAUCUGUUCCAGAACCAGCACGUACACCCUCUCACCAGGGGAUGACUGCAAGUACAUUAAUGCGAGCUUGGUGGAGCUGGUGGCGGUAGUGUUGCGAGGGGACGUUAGAUAA